CCAGUUCGAGCAGGCGCUCAUCUCUAUUUUUUUACCUUACCACUACCUGUCGUACAAUUAUUGGGGGCGUUAAUAUGCUACCGCUCUUUGGGACCAUGCCGAAUGGCGUCAGUUUGCCAAAUCACCCGAAUUUCCUCAACCAACUGGCGGCGGCCAUUUCCACGGCUGCCUCGACGACCUCUGUCGUGUCGGGAAAUCCCUCGUCGCCGCCCAAACAAAACCCGAACAAGAUGGUUAAACCCCAGCAGCAGCAAACGCAGGGCAGUGCGCCGAUGGAUCUGGAAAACGAGAACGAACACUCCACGGAUGUCAGCUCCACGACGGCCCACAAGGAGCCCAAGCUGCAGGCCACAUCCUCUACGAUCUCUCUGCCGGAUUCGGCGCAGCUUUACCUGAACGGGCUGAUGCACGCGCCUCCGGGUUAUCUGUACUUUCCGGGUGGAGCUCCAGGUGCUCCUGGAAAUGCUCCUUCAACAGGAGGCUCGGGAUCCACACCAGCAUCUACAGGAGGCAACACCGCCAAUGCCCAGAUGCUAAUGGAUCCCACGGCCAUGAUGGCAGCGGCCAUGCAGCAGAUGCAACAGAUGCACUAUGCAGCGGCAGCUGCAGCGGGAAUGACCACGGAGGCGGGAGCAGGACUGGAGGGCACACUCAGUGCGGAUGGCGUUACACCAGCUGGCCUGAAAGAGGUGAUCAAGACCAAGAACUGCAUCCUGUUUCCGCCCAAUCCGAACGCUCCACCACCCACAAUUAGGGAGCGACCGCCGGGCUGUCGGACAGUCUUUGUCGGUGGACUUCCCGAGAACAUCACCGAGGAGGUGAUCCGUGAGAUUUUCGAAUCGUGCGGAGAAAUCACCACUUUGCGCAUGUCCAAGAAGAACUUCUGCCACAUACGCUACCGCCAGGAGGGCGCAAUAGACCGGGCCAUCUACCUAUCCGGCUAUCGGCUGCGUAUAUCGGCCCUAAAUGAGCCACCCAACUUUGGGCGCCUGCAUGUGGACUAUGCGCAGGCGCGGGAUGAUCAAUAUGACUACGAGUGUCGGCAGCGGCAGCAUCAAAGGGAGCAACGCCACAGGGAGCGCAUGUCGAUGGACAGGAUGCGGUCGCAGUCGCCGCCACCAAUACCGCACUAUACGGACCACGAGGCGACGGCCGUGGCGGAGCAUUUGCGCACCAACGAGACCUUCGUGAAGGCCAUCCAGACGAUCACCGCCUGGUUGGAGCGGGGAGAUUGCACCAAGCGGAAUGCCAAUGUCUUCUACUCGAUGAUCCAGAGCACUCACGCCCACGUAAGAAGACUCCAUGCCGACAAGCUGCAACUGGAGGAGGAUCUGAAGAAGGCCAGGGACAGCUAUCGCAACCAAAUGGGCACCAUGUCCACGCAAUUCACUCAGAUUGAAAAAGUGUUCAAUGCCGCUAGUCACAAGAAGGUUUGGGACCAUUUCACCAAAGCCCAAAGAAAAAACAUCGAUCAAUGGAAGAAGUUAGCCACGGAACUUCGAACUGUCCAGAUCACCGACGAUGAUGAAAUGGAAAUAUCCGACGAUGAGCGGGACUACGAUAGACGCGGACCCAGCUCCAAGCGAAUUCGCUACGACAGUGAGGGUUUAAAGGACGAGAACGACUCACUGCGCUGUCAGCUGGAGGCCAUACGACAUGAGAUGACUCUGGAGCGCAGUGAUUAUGUCCAACGUGAGAAACAAAUAAAGGUGCUCCAGGAAACCAUCCGCAACAUGCAAACUCAGCUGCUGCAGACAAAGCUGCGCGAACAGAAGGACACCAAGGUUAUUGAGCAGCUGGAGCGCAAUCUCAAGGAUGCCGGCGUUAAGCAACUUCUCUUGAAGACCAAGAUUAAGGAGACUGUAGACAAGUUGAAGGACAAGGAGGCCAACAGUACCGGUGCCUCGAACGCUUCCAAUGCCUCGAAUCUUGACUACAGCAGCGGAGAUUCGUGCAGCCAGGAGGACACGGAGAUCAUCCGCAACCAGCAGCAGACGGAACCGGAAAUAAUUGAUAUCGACAAGGUGGACGAUGAUGUGCGCAUCAUAGAGCACCAAAGUGGUGUGGUGGAGAUUCACGAGAUCGAGGAUGAUGAAAAGCAGGAGACUGCUAAGGAGUCAACGGAAAGCAAAGCAAAGGAGUCAAUUAUAGAAAGUAGUUCCAAGUCAAAUAGCGAGGUGACUAUAAAUAAAACCAACACGUUGCACACACCGCCAUCGCCCGGGGAAGAGGUCACCUUCAAGUCCCUGGUCCUUGCAGAAGCCAAGAUAAUUGCUCUAGCCUCUGCCUUCUUAGUGCUACAUCCCCAUGGCGUUGAUAUUGCCAACAUAGCCAGUUACUUAAGCGGAAUGCUGUGCAACAAUGCUGCCCCCAGUAACCAUGAUGAUCUUGCCAAUAUACUCGGAAAGUACACAAAUCUCUUUAAGACCGAUCAGGCCAAGUGGAGGUUCUGUGGCUUCAGCGAACCUACGGAAUCUCAGUCGGAGUCAAAGUGAGGUGGAGAAUGCGGAGUGUGGACUCUCGAAUAAGAUGAUAAUUGAAUGCUUUAAUUAUGUUACAACUAUAUCAUAAUGCAUAGCGAGUAAGCGGGAAGAAAAGUGAAAUGUUAACCAAAGAAAGACGACAGUUUUUCGAUGCAAUCACAACUUAAUGAGACCAGUUCCAGUUUUAAGGGCAAGUACUCGUAGUUAACUCUAUCGCAAGAAAGACACCACAAACUAACUACCGUUUCAAUUAUUUAAAUAACUCAUACACUUAAGCUAAAUGAAUUCAAUAUAUACAAAAUAUAUAUACAUCAAUAUUUUAAAUAAGCUGAGAGGCCGAAAGUCGUGUUGCUAAUGUUGAAGAUGAGGCGAAAGAAUGGAACCAAAUAAAUUUUAUGCUAAACUA